AUGGUUAAACCCUGUUGGAGAAUAGGUGCCGGUAUUGAGAGAAGUAAGAUCAGUCCCACAAAGAAUGAUGGCCUGACUUGGUACAAUGAUCUUGGCCUUCACGCCUUUGGAGAGUUCUCGAUGGCAAUGAUCCAAGCCAACAGUGUGAUGGAGGACCAGUGCCAGAUCGAAUCAGGGCCGUUGACAUUCAACAAUCCGACAGUUCAAGGCACGUUUGUUGGAGUUUACGAUGGCCAUGGAGGUCCAGAGGCUUCCAGAUUCGUUGCAGACAACAUCUUCCCCAAGUUAAAGAAGUUUGCCUCCGAGGAUAGGGAGGUUUCAGAGCAGGUGAUCAAGAAAGCAUUUGCAGAGACAGACAAAGAUUUUAUCGCGGGAGUGAAGAAGCAGUGGCGCACAAACCCACAGAUGGCAUCAGUGGGGUCAUGUUGCUUGGCAGGAGUGAUAUGCAACGGACUGGUGUACAUUGCAAACGCGGGAGAUUCGAGGGCUGUGUUGGGAAGAUCCGAGAGAGGUGGUGGAGUGAGAGCUGUUCAGUUAUCAGUAGAGCACAAUGCGAAUGUAGAGUCCGCGAGGGAAGAGCUGUGGUCGAUGCAUCCUAAUGACCCAAACAUCCUUGUGAUGAAGCACCGGAUGUGGCGUGUGAAAGGCAUCAUCCAGGUCACGAGAUCCAUAGGCGAUGCAUACCUCAAAAGAGCAGAGUUCAACAGAGAGCCGUUGCCGCACAAAUUCAGAGUAGCAGAACAUUUCAGCAAGCCAAUCCUUAGCGCGGAUCCAUCAGUCACGGUUACACGGCUUAACCCGGAAGACGAGUUUAUGGUUCUUGCUUCGGAUGGGCUAUGGGAGCAUCUUAGCAGCCAGGAAGCUGUCGAUAUUGUUCAUAAUUCCCCGCGCCAAGGAAUAGCAAGGAGACUACUAAAAGCUGCACUGAAGGAAGCAGCAAAGAAAAGAGAGAUGAGAUACUCAGACCUGAAUGAGAUCCAUCCUGGUGUUCGAAGGCAUUUCCACGACGACAUAACCGUUAUUGUUGUCUAUCUCAAGCCCCAAAUGGCCAAAACCAACGCUUGGGCUUCUUCUCCUCUAUCAGUAAGAGGUGGCUAUCCACUUACUGCGUAA